CCGUGACCCGAGUCUGUUUUCUCGUCUGCUGUUUAAGGUGUUUUCCUGCUGCACCGGCUCUCCCCGCCCUCCACCUCCUUCCCUGUGGUUUAACCUUCCUCUUUCCCCGUGUGUUUUAUGCACGGUGAACUAGGUGGAGAUUUGCAUUUCUUCUCUUCCCUCCCCCCCCCACUCCGCACCCUCGCCCCCACCCUUUGGAAAAAAUAAAAACCCAAUCUCGCAAACCCUCUCUGGACCCCGCGGUAGCAAGACUGUGAAGGGGUUGAUUUGUGGGAUGGGAGUCGCUGGCCCAUUGCGGUGCUUGGGAAUCAUUAAACUGUCACUCACCCCCCACCCCACUGGGUAAAUGGGGUGAUUAAUGUCUGAUAUAUUGGAAUGGGGCGAGGGCAUUUGUGGAGAAUAGGUUGUGUGGCUGAGAAGGAAUGUAGCUCCGAAGAGUGCCUCCUAGAAUAGGCGUUCGUUAUUAUGUCAUUCACCGCGAAGUUAGAGAAAGUUAGGUUUGUGACUUUGGCAAAGCGAGGACAGGACAGAGACGUUGGUUUUUGUUACUCUUUAACUCUGCCGCGGUUUCCUGAUGAGGACGGAGUGGUGAUCACCAGGGCUGCAACACUCGCGCCUCAGGCCUUUUCUACGCCUCACCCUCCCCAGAGUCUGUGGAGAUGUAUUUGACAUUCACAGAUGUCGCAGCACCUUGCAGGGCACUGGUCACCCCAGCCCGGGUUACUGGACGAUUUCAUCAGCCAUUAGGAAAGACCCACAAAGUCGAGCUAAAAAGUUCUCAAACUUACCAGACAUGCCCCCCCCCCCUUACUGAAAGCCGAAAGGUUUUCCUGUGAUCAUCAAACAUUACAGAGUGACCCAAAAAGAUUGUUAUGGGACACAGAUCAAGGGGAAGACAGAGUUCUGCUUUUUCUGAGCGGAGAGUCAGAUCAGAUAUGCAGGUGCAGCGUUCAUUGUAAGUGGCUGUAGCAGGUUGUAUCAGUUUAUUAAUUCGUUUCAUUGAACUGAAGUACUUUCCAGGAUUUCAGAAAGUGCAGUUUCACCUUGUUGAUACUGAGAGUUGAAAUUUGCAUUAACUGGCAAUGUGAGAAAUUUUAUUGAGAAGGUAGUAGGAGAUGAGCAGUUAACACAAGAGCAAAAUCAUAAGGUGAAUUGGGCUGGAGUAAUAGUUCUGCUUCGUCUUCCAGCAUUCUGAGACACGUAUGCCAUUAUCUCGGCAGGAAAAAAAAAAUGAAAGUACCAUGAAAAUGUUGAAAUGGGCCUGGAGAUGUCAAUUGGGUUGGUUUAAAAAUAUCCCUAAGCUGCCUUUGAAACUGAACGCUGGAGUUGAAUAAAAGUGAAUGUGGAUUUCCUGAAUAGCGCCGUGGCUUGAGUGUGCUGUCAGUGUGUAAGCCAGUCCACCAACUUGAGACAGAAGUGUUGCUAUUCCAUAAAUACAGUAGAACUCCAUAUGCUGAGUUUUUCCAUUUCUUUCUGUUAGAAAGUUUGGAAAAAAAGAGAGACUUUGAAGUAUUUUGUUUAUACUAACAGAAGAGAAAAGUUCUCCUAAGAAAGAGCUGGUGGCAGGAGUGUAGAGGAGUAGCAUAUGGCAUUAAAGGGAGCACAGCUGGAGGUAGCAUUUCCAUCUGAACAUGAUGUCAGAGCAGCUGACAGCCUGCCAUCCCUCAGCCUUUUAUUCUAACACACAGACAGGGAGUUAGUGUGUGCGGAUCUGUGCUGGAGAAGGUAUCUUAUUCCUCUCUAACAUCAUCUCCACUUUGCAUCUGUCUCUCUUAGUCUGCUUUUUUUCCACCGAUGUAACAGACCUGGAGCCAGCGAGACUCAGAGGAAAGGACUUAAUCAGGUUUAUGUGUCCUAAAGGUUAUGAAGACAGUAUGGAGUUUCCAGACCACAGUAGGCAUUUGCUGCAGUGUCUGAGCGAGCAGAGGCAUCAAGGCUUCCUUUGUGACUGCACUGUUCUGGUGGGAGAUGCCCAGUUCCGCGCGCACCGAGCUGUACUGGCUUCGUGCAGCAUGUAUUUCCACCUCUUUUACAAGGACCAGCUGGACAAAAGAGACAUUGUUCAUCUGAACAGCGACAUUGUUACAGCCCCAGCUUUCGCUCUCCUGCUUGAAUUCAUGUAUGAAGGGAAACUCCAGUUCAAAGACUUGCCCAUUGAGGACGUGCUAGCAGCUGCCAGUUAUCUCCACAUGUAUGACAUUGUCAAAGUCUGCAAAAAGAAGCUGAAAGAGAAAGCCACCACGGAGGCAGACAGCACCAAGAAGGAGGAAGACGCCUCGAGCUGCUCGGACAAAGUCGAGAGCCUCUCCGACGGCAGCAGCCGCAUGGCAGGCGAUCUGCCCAGUGACGAAGACGAGGGCGAAGACGAGAAGCUGAACCUCCUGCCCAGCAAAAGGGACCUGGCGGCCGAGCCUGGGAACAUGUGGAUGCGCCUGCCCUCCGACUCCGCGGGCCUCCCCCCGGCUGGCGGGGAGGCUGAGCCACACGCCACAGCAGCUGGAAAAACAGUAGCCAGCCCCUGCAGCUCGACAGAGUCUUUGUCCCAGAGGUCUGUCACCUCCGUGAGGGAUUCGGCAGAUGUUGACUGUGUGCUGGACCUGUCUGUCAAGUCCAGCCUUUCGGGAGUUGAAAAUCUGAACAGCUCUUAUUUCUCUUCACAGGACGUGCUGAGAAGCAACCUGGUGCAGGUGAAGGUGGAGAAAGAGGCUUCCUGUGAGGAGAGCGAUGUUGGCACUAAUGACUAUGACAUGGAACAUAGCGCUGUGAAAGAGAGUGUGAGCACUAACACCAGGGUACAGUAUGAGCCGGCGCACCUGGCUCCGCUGAGGGAGGACUCGGUGUUGAGGGAGCUCGAGCGCGAGGACAAAGCCAGCGACGACGAAAUGAUGACCCCGGACGCCGAGCGCGGCCCGGUGGAGGGCGGCAUGGAGAGCAGCCUGCUGCCCUACGUGUCCAACAUCCUGAGCCCGGCCGGCCAGAUUUUCAUGUGCCCGCUGUGCAACAAGGUCUUCCCCAGCCCGCACAUCCUGCAGAUCCACCUGAGCACGCACUUCCGCGAGCAGGACGGGCUGCGCAGCAAGCCGGCCGCCGACGUCAACGUGCCCACCUGCUCGCUGUGCGGCAAGACUUUCUCGUGCAUGUACACGCUCAAGCGUCACGAGAGGACCCACUCGGGCGAGAAGCCCUACACGUGCACGCAGUGCGGCAAGAGCUUCCAGUACUCGCACAACCUGAGCCGCCACGCCGUGGUGCACACCCGCGAGAAGCCGCACGCCUGCAAGUGGUGUGAGCGCAGGUUCACGCAGUCGGGGGACCUGUACAGACACAUCCGCAAGUUCCACUGUGAGUUGGUGAACUCCUUGUCUGUCAAAAGCGAAGCCCUGAGCUUGCCCACUGUCAGAGACUGGACCUUAGAAGAUAGCUCGCAAGAACUCUGGAAAUAAUUUUAUAGAUAUAUAUAUAUAUAUAUAAAUAAUAUAUAUAUAUACAUAGAUAUACAUAGAUCUCUAUCUAGUUGUGGUACGGUCUAAAAGCAGCCUUGUUUCCUGGAACUAAAUCGUCGGGGUGUUAACUCGGUUUUGCACUUUAGAGUAGCAUGAGACUCUCACUAAUUUAGCAUUCUGGUAAAAGAGACUUUGGAGCAAGUCGGAGACUAGAGAGGGCUUUUUCUUUCGAGGGGGUAGGGGAAGUAAGCCAAUAAGAACCUUUGAAACAACUCGUCCUAUCACAAGAUGCUUUCACAGGGCUUAAUUCUGUCGACACUGCAUUGUCUUCUGAGCGCGCUCUCUCCUCUCUCUCUCUCUCUCUCUCUCUCUCUCUCUCUCUCUCUCUCUCCCUCUCUCUCCCUCUCUCUCCCCCUCUCCCCCUCUCUCUCUCUCUCUCUCUCCCACUUUGUUUUGGUUUUGUGUUUCUGUUUUGUGUUUUGUUUUGUUUUUUUUUUGUUUUUGUUUCUUUUCCUUUUUCAGAGUAGAAAUUCCCUCCAGUUUUAUUAGCCUCUUUAUAUGUCACAAAAUUGCAUGAAUCUUUUCUGGCUGUUGGAAACCUGAAUGCUUUUAGACCCAAAUGGAAAAUUUCUGAAAUGCUGGAUUAUCUAUUUUUAAACAAGCAGUUGACUUAAAACUUUCUGUGGCAACUUCUGGUUUUCUGACGGUUCCCAAUGCGAGAGAUUCUGAAAGUACACUGGGAUCGCUGGGGCGCUGUCUUUGUGAAGGUUUGCUUGGGAUGAAAAAGGAUAUUGCAGCGUCAGCAGUGUUGGACUGUGUGUUGAAAAAUGUGAAUUACUGUUCUUGUAUACUGUAACUGAUUACACGGGCUGGGGGGGUGUCAAAGAACUUGACAGGUUGUGUUGAUGCUCUUAGUUGAGUCUUGAAAAGUAAAUAUUAACGCUACAGAAAUGCAUGAGUUUCAAUAUAUUUUUUGUCUUUGUUUGCAUUGUAUAACUUUAACGAGUGAGUUUAAAAUUAUUUAAUUUCCUUAGAAAAAAAAUAGCACCGUUUGGGGAAAAAACUGGUGUUAUGAAGAACGUAAAUGCACUGUUUUUAUUUUUAUUUUAUAUAAUUUAAAUUGACUUUCCCACUGUCUUUAAGUUGAAACUGUUAAGCUGAAUAAAAACUUAAGCUGCAAAUUGAUAACUUCGCUACAUAACAAGGAAAAUAUAAAUGUUUACAAACGGCUUAAAGAUUUGCAUGUGCAGUGUGCAUUUAUAACAAACUUCUAAUUGCACAAAACCCAUGCCGGCUCAAAAGUUUAGGUGUACACAUUUGCCCAGUUGAGCAUUUUUAGAAUAACUACUGCACAAAUUGACAAUAGGUCAUUCUCUCUCUUCUUUCUUUCUUUCUUUCUUUUUUUUGGGGGGGCUCCCCUUCUCUUUUUCAUCCCUUCUCCCUUACCCUCCCCUCCCUGUCUCCCUUCCCCCCCCUUCCUUCAUCCUUCCCCCACUCCCCCCACCCCCAACUCAUGAAAAGAUUCUAUGGACUGAAAAAGCCCCGGGCUGAAAGGACUGGACUGCCUUGAUUGACGUGGGGAAGGUGGGGAAGGGGGUUAGUAGACUAUGUGUAUGGGGCAGCGGAGGCUGCAGCCCAGUGUGGUUUUAAUGACCAGCACGCAGGGCAAAAGCAUUUUGCACAGUGUUUGUUUUCCUGUCUUGCACUUACAAAUAAGGUCUAUGGGAGUAGCAUGGAAAACGUUUGCUGUUUUUCCCUUUUUUUUUUUAAUUGCUUUUGUUUAAAAUUUGAUCGCCUUAACUACUGUAAACAUAGCCUAUUUUUGUGCUUAAGAUACUGAAUGGAAAACUCCAUUGUGUGUUGCUGGACUGUUUUGGAAAUAUUUGGUCAAAUGUGUGUUAAUUUGGCUGUAAUGGCAUUUAAAGCAAACAAACAAACAAAAAAAAAAAAGCUGUGAAAAUGGCCUUGGAGCAUUAUCUUUAGUUACUUGAAGAGUUUCUAGUUUUUUUAAAUACAGUUUAUGUUAAAAUAAUUUUUAUUAAUUUAGAGGAGACAAUCAAUGUCUGAGAAAACGGACUUUCUUUUGGAUUUUCUUUUUGUGGUCAUUGUGAGUGAUUGCUUUUUCCUUUUAUUAGUUUCACAUUCUUCCUUUGUUCUAAAACUUAGACUGACAUCUAGCUUUGACAAUCAUAGUAUGUUUUAUUUUCCUGAGGGGGGAAUAACUUAUAAUGCUGUUUAGUUUUGUACUAUUGGUGUGUUGGUGAAUUUUUAAACUGUGUGCUAACUGCAAUAAAUUAUAUGAACUGAGAA